ACACAGUUUUGAUCAUCUGUUACCAGAACCAGCCAUGCCUGAUCCAGUGAAAGCACCCAAGAAGGGCUCUAAGAAAGCCGUGUCUAAAGCCACCAAGACCGGCAAGAAAAGGAGAAAGAGCAGGAAGGAGAGCUAUGCCAUCUACGUGUACAAAGUCCUGAAGCAGGUCCACCCCGACACCGGGAUCUCCUCCAAGGCAAUGGGCAUCAUGAACUCCUUUGUGAGCGACAUCUUCGAGCGUAUCGCCGGUGAGUCCUCCCGUCUGGCUCACUACAACAAGCGCUCCACCAUCACCUCCAGGGAGAUCCAGACCGCCGUCCGCCUGCUGCUGCCCGGUGAGCUGGCCAAGCACGCCGUGUCUGAGGGCACCAAGGCCGUGACCAAGUACACCAGCUCCAAGUAAACCUGCUGACGACCAGCAACACAAAGGCUCUUUUAAGAGCCGCACA